UAAAAAAUUAAAAUAUACUCCGUAAAUAAUAUUCCUUCUUUUUUUCUCAUAUCAUCAUAAAUUCAUAAUAAUCAAUCAAAUCAAUUUUGUAAAACCUAAAUUUCAUAAUUAUAAUAAUUUUAAUUUAAUAAUAAUCAAUGGCUACGCAAAUCGCUAGACGAAUCCUUCGCAACCGUACAGCAAUCACCAAUGAAUUGUUUAGCAGCCGCCGGAGCUUUUCCAGCUCACCGGGCCUGAUCCGUGCAACUCUUUUCCCCGGCGACGGUAUCGGUCCUGAAAUCGCUGAAUCCGUCAAACAGGUAUUUAAUGCUGCAGAGGUUCCAAUUGAAUGGGAAGAACAUUUUGUGGGGACCGAAGUUGAUCCUAGAACUCAAAGUUUUCUGACAUGGGAAAGUCUAGAAUCAGUAAGAAGAAAUAAGGUGGGCCUGAAAGGACCAAUGGCUACACCCAUUGGAAAAGGUCAUCGUUCUUUGAACCUUACCUUAAGGAAAGAGCUGAAUCUGUAUGCAAAUGUUAGACCUUGCUACAGUUUACCUGGUUAUAAGACUCGAUACGACGAUGUUAAUCUAGUUACAAUCCGUGAAAACACGGAGGGAGAAUACAGUGGUCUUGAACAUCAGGUGGUGCGGGGAGUAGUUGAAAGUCUCAAAAUCAUUACCCGUCAGGCAAGUCUGAGGGUGGCGGAAUAUGCUUUUUAUUAUGCUAAGACCCAUGGAAGAGACAGAGUAUCUGCUGUGCACAAAGCUAACAUCAUGCAGAUGUCUGAUGGUCUAUUUCUGCAGUGUUGUCGUGAAGUUGCUGAGAAGUACCCUGAGAUAAAGUACGAGGAGGUUGUCAUUGACAAUUGCUGCAUGAUGCUUGUGAAGAACCCAUUACUAUUUGAUGUUUUAGUAAUGCCUAACCUUUAUGGUGACAUCAUAAGUGAUCUUUGUGCCGGGCUAAUUGGAGGAUUGGGUUUAACACCCAGCUUAAACAUUGGGGAGGGUGGUAUUGCUCUUGCCGAGGCUGUUCAUGGUUCCGCUCCUGAUAUUGCUGGAAAGAAUUUGGCAAACCCAACUGCGUUGCUACUGAGUGCAGUGUCAAUGCUUCACCAUUUGGAUCUUACUGAGAAAGCCGAUAUGAUUCAGGAAGCUGUACUGAAGACAAUUGCAGAAGGCAAAUACCGAACUGGUGACCUUGGUGGUUCUUCAACAACCACUGAAUUCACAAAAGCUAUUAUAGGCAAUCUUUGAGUACCAAGUGCUGCAAUUGCAUAUAAAAUUCGAUUUUUUUUUAUCUUACGCAACACUAAUUUUGCAUUCAUGUACUAUUUGGAGUUGUGGGAGAGGGGAAAUUAGACCCGCAACAAGAAUUUUUUUGUGAUUUCAGUUGGGCCAUGAGAAGAUACUUCUUAAAAGAGAGCUUGUGCAGCUGGCAUGCUUCUAUUGGUUGGUAUUACUUGUAAUUUAUGAAUAAACAUCAUCACUUUGAGUUUGAGGUCGUCCUCAUCUUUUUCUUUCUAACUUAUUUCAGAAAAGCUUUUGAUGAUAACUUGGUAUUUAGUUCAGAAAAAAAAUGUUGGAAAUAAAUAGUUCCUUUUUCCUCC